AUGCCCUUUGGAAAACCGUCGGUCGACGGGGGAUGUAACAUUGCCGUGUCGAUAUCUGCAGCCCAGGAUACAGAAAUUUCAGAAAACAGUUCUCCUCAAAACAGUAAAAAACCGGAUGUUGUAGAUCUCUCAGUAGACAGUAUCAAUGGGUUCGAAGUUUUUCCACUAGUAGUUUCCGAGAUGCAUGGCGUCCAAAUAGAAUCAUUCGCGGACAAGGAAUGAGUGGUAUUCGGAGCGAUGGCGACAUGGUUUUGAGUUUUUUUCAGUAGCUUGUAGGACAUUUUUUAUUCCAAUGGAUGUAAAAAGUGUGGAAUUUAUGUGUCUUCUAGGAGUAAGGAAUACAACUGCCAUCUAUCUUUGUGUCUAGCAAAAUAACAGAAAUAAAUAGAGUGAC